AUGUCAUCAGUUCUUGAUCAAAUUAAGCAAUACACCACCAUCGUUGCAGAUUCUGGUGAUUUUGAAACAAUUUCGCAAUAUAAGCCUCAAGAUGCUACUACGAAUCCAUCAUUGAUUUUGGCCGCCACGCAAAAACCAAAUUAUUCUCAUUUAAUUGAAUCGGCCAUUGAAUAUGCAAAAAAGAAAAAUGGAUCAAUUGAUGAGAAGGUUGAGUGGGCGAUGGAUAAAUUGUUGAUUAAUUUUGGAGUUAAAAUCUUAGAGAUUAUCCCGGGAAGAGUUUCUACUGAAGUUGAUGCAAGGCUUUCUUUUGAUAAGGAAGCAACCAUCGAAAAAGCGAAACGUCUUAUUAAACUUUACGAGGAAGUUGGUAUUAAAAAGGAAAGAAUAUUGAUCAAAGUUGCAUCCACUUGGGAGGGAAUUCAAGCUGCUCGUCAGUUAGAACAAGAAGGAAUUCAUUGCAAUCUCACUCUACUCUUCUCAUUCCCUCAAGUAAUCGCUUGUGCUGAGGCUGGAGUGACAUUAAUUAGUCCAUUUGUUGGACGUAUUCUUGAUUGGUAUAAGAAAAGCACUGGCAUUACAUAUGCAGCCAGUGAAGAUCCCGGCGUUAUAUCUGUAACUAGGAUUUAUAAUUAUUAUAAGAAUUAUGGUUAUAAAACGAUUGUUAUGGGUGCUUCUUUCCGUAACACUGGUGAGAUUGAAGAAUUAGCUGGCUGCGAUUUCUUAACUAUUAGUCCCAGUUUAUUACAUGAAUUGCAAAAUGACGACAAGAAAAUUGCAAGAAAGUUGAGUCCAGAAUCAGCUAAAGCGACUUCAGAACCAAAAGUCACCUUUGACGAAAAGACUUUCCGAUGGGAUCUUAAUCAGGAUGCGAUGGCUACCGAAAAACUUUCUGAGGGUAUUCGUAAUUUCGCUAAAGAUGCAGAAAAAUUAAAAUAUUUAAGUUUAUGUUAUCUCGUGAUUAUCACCUCACAAUAUGGCAUGGAUGUUACCACAACAUCAGAACCACACGAUAAAUUCAAUGAACCAUCUGUCGAACUUCUAGAGAAUUUUUUUAAUGAUUUUCGGUUCCUAAAUACUAUUGAUACUUCCAAAGAACUCAAAUAUCAACAAGAACUUUUAAUGAAAUUAUCCACUAUAAAACAUGUGUUACAGAGUUAUUACAUGCAAGACACUUCUUGCCUUGAUAAUGAAUGUGCAACAAAAUUCUGCUACCUUCUCCUUAAUAAUCAACAUAUUCUGGCUCGAUAUCUUGUACAUAAUGAUGAUUUUAUCGUAUAUUUGGGAAAAAACAUCUUGACAUUUUUGCUUUUACUUAUAUCUAAUAAGAAGUUGUUAAUAGAUAAUGUUAAUUUAGAAGAAAUUCAAAGACAGUUAUUAGAAACCGUGUGUGAUAUAUACAUAUCAAGUCUUGAUAAGUUGAAAGACUUGUCGGUCUCUGCUUCUGUUUUAUCAACUUUGGAGAUAUUUCAUAGUAUAUUGAAAGAUUUUAGGCAUCGUUUAUCUGAUGUAAUUAAUGAAGUUGAGGAACAUAAUUUAACACAACACGUGGGAUGUCGAUUAUUGAAUAUACUUGAUGAACGGUUUGAUUUCGAAAAAGUUAUGGAUAUGGAUAGUAAAGAUAAAAAAUUGAUCAUCAUUCCAACUCUUACCGUCAUUUUGGACAUUAAAAAACUUACAGCUGAUGAGAUAGAGAAUGUGUUUGACUUUCAUUUAGUGCAGGACUUUCAAAAUAUUUUGAAAAAAAUCAACUCAAAGAUUGAAUCAAUAUGUGAUUUAUUAUGUUAUAGUUAUACACCAGUUGUCAGAAAAGUCUUGGACAUUCUACAUUGUACAAUAAAGUCUUCAAAUGAUGUUGAUAUGAUCUUUUUAAUUCUUACUGGUAUACGGAAUUAUACAGAGAAAAUUUUGGCUAUUUCAGAUGAUCAAACGCUUGUCGGUUGUCUUAAGCUAGAUGAUGAUCAUACCGAAUUUUUCGACAAUCACGAUAAGAAUGAAUUUGAUGUUGCUAUAAAAAGUGACGAAGAGGUAUUGAAGAUCGAUCAUUGCAUUUCAGACGAUGUAAAACUUCACGUGUUCAACGAUAUUUUAACGUUCAGUCGAGGUUUAUUACAAAAAAAUGAAGAUUCCAUUAAAUAUAUAUUCAAUUGGUAUACCAAUAAUGAUAGCGAUCUAGUUUCUUUCAUGUUAAAAUUGGUACGAUUGGAACUUUUAUUUAAAAAAUUUGAGAGGAGGUUGAUCAAUUUUAACGAAGAGUCUCAAAAGGAAAACAUGAGAGGACGAAAAUCAAUCAUCGAGUGCAUAUCAUCACAAGUCAAUUAUUUCUUGAAUUUUUGUACUUCACAUGAUUUCUUCUUGAGAUUUUUGGUUACCACAGGAAUGAAUCACUCAAUAUUAUUGGAUUUUUUGAUUUCAAAUGAAACUAUCUUUUUGGAAUUUCUUUUAAAUUAUUGUAAAUACCUUGAAAAAGAUAUUACUCAAUUCCUUAUCACAUGCAAGAAAUUUGAUGAAAGGAAUUCGGUAAUGAUUGAACGAGUCGUGGGGAUCUUUAAAAACUUGAUUCAAUCAAUACAGUUGUUGAUGGAAAAGGAUUUGUUCCCUUAUAAUGCUACUUCUUUAAUUACGAGGUUAAAGAAGGUUGAAUUGUUGAUCUCUUGUUAA